AUUUCAGAUUUCAGAAUCGGGGAAAAAAGAAAAAGCUUUUUCAUAAAGUGGUGCUUGAUUAGAAAUAAGAAAGAUAAAGGGGUUUAUAUUAUAGAUUCGAUUGGAAAAGUCUGCCGUAUUUUUUAAAUGUGAAAUGAAAUGAGGGCCCUUGAUACUUCGCUUUCGUCUGUAUUUAGAUAGUCAAAAACCUAGAAAUUGUGAAGUUGAUUAGGGUUUCAAGAUAAAGUUUUGAUCUUUAUGUGUGUGAGGAAGCUCCGUUGUCAUCUACCAACCCCGUUUAGGUGUUCUUAAAUUUUCUGGGGUUUUGGUUGGUGAAUAAGUUCAUCUCAUUCAGUAGGCAAACACUGAAUGCUUGUGGUGCUGAGGAGUUAGAUUUUUGCGUGUCUUAUAAUAACUAUUUACUGCUCAUAAACUCAUUUAUGGUGGAGAGGAGGGUAUGUGAGAGAAACAUUUUUUUUCAAAUUUUUAGUAGUGAUGAGCUUUGGGGGAUUUCCUAGUAAGAGUAGUGGAGAGAAUAUGGUUGCUGAUGGCUUAUUUUCAUACAAUGUUAUGUCAACUGCUGCAAAUUCUAUGCAAAUGUUUUCCUCUCCUCCCCUCUCUCUUGCCCUUCCCAAGAUGGAGAAUCUUGGGGGGAUGGGCUUGUUGGGGGAGAGUCAUGAGGGUGGUUUGAUCGGCAGAAUGAGGGAGGACGAGCUCGAGAGUAGAUCCGGCAGCGACAACUUUGAAGGCGCAUCGGGUGACGAUGACAAUCCUACUCAUAAUAAAGCUUCCAAAAGGAAAAAAUACCAUAGACACACUGCAUUCCAAAUUCAAGAACUCGAAGCUUCUUUUAAGGAUAAUCCACAUCCCGAUGAGAAAGCGAGAUUAGAGCUCGGGAAGAGACUCAGUUUGGAGGGCAGGCAGGUCAAGUUUUGGUUUCAGAACAGAAGAACACAAAUGAAGACUCAAUUGGAGCGGCAUGAGAAUUCAAUUCUGAAACAAGAAAAUGACAAGCUCCGGAUCGAGAACAUAGCCAUGAAAGAAGCCAUGAGAAGCCCGAUGUGUGAGAACUGUGGCAGUCCGGCCAUUCUUGGAGACGUACCUAUCGAGCAGCACCAUCUUAUGAUCGAGAAUGCAAGGUUGAAGGACGAACUCAGCCGACUGCACCACCUAGGAGACAAGUUCUUGGGAAGGACUAAUGGUUCCAUGCCGCCGCCAUUAAUGAGCAACUCAAGUUUGGAUCUCUCAGUUGGCAGAAAUGGAUUUGUUGGGAUGAACUCUAUGGAUGCUGGGACUGGGAUUCCUUUAGGACUUGAUUUUGGCAAUAGGAUGUCAAACUCUUUCCCCAUCAUGCCACCUAAUGGACCUCCCAUGAAUAUGGUGAACUCAAGUGCUCCUUUCGAUAAAUCGUUAUUUGUAGAGCUCGCGAUGGCUGGGAUUAAUGAGCUGAUAAAGUUAGCCCAGCUCGACAGCCCUCUUUGGUUCCGAAGCUUGGAAGGAAAUGGUGAAUCUCUGAAUCUUGAGGAGUACUCUAAGAUGUUUUCUCCUUGCAUUGGUGUAAAGCCCAACCAUUUUGUAACUGAAGCAACAAGAGCUACUUGUAAUGUGAUGAUCAACAGCAUGCAACUUGUGGAGGCAUUGAUGGACCCGAAGCAGUGGACAGAAUUGUUUCCAUGGAACAUCGGGAGUGCCUCGAUUCUUGACAUAAUUUCUCCUGGGAUGGCUGGAAGUAAAAAUGGAAUGCUGCAACUGAUGCAAGCCGAGUUCCAAAUUCCCUCACCUUUGGUUCCUGUCCGCCAAGUGAAGCUCAUUCGUUUCUGCAAGCAGCAUGGAGAGGACAUGUGGGCUGUGGUUGACAUCUCUGUUGAUUCUUUACUGCACGCUAUAACUGGAAAUGUCCCUGUCCAUUGCCGCAGACUCCCUUCCGGUUGCAUUGUGCAAGAUACGCCAAAUGGCUAUUCCAAGGUGACGUGGAUCGAGCACACUGAAUAUGACGAGCGCAUCACCCAUCAACUGUACCGGCCAUUACUGAGGUCCGGGAUCGCCUUUGGUGCCCAAAAGUGGCUGUCCAAUCUGCAUAGGCAAUGCGAACUUUUUGCUUCCAUCAUGUCGUCUGGUGGCGAUAAUUCGGUAGUCCCUCCUAGUGGCAAAAAGGGCAUCGUAAAGCUGGCGCAACGAAUGACGCGUGCCUUCUGUUCUGGCAUCUGUUCAACUGUAGACGAGUGGGAGGUAGUCCAGGAUGCGGACAACACCAAGCUGAUGACGCGGAAGAGCUCUGGUAAUAGUGGUGCGCCACCUGGCGUCAUAUUGAGCGCUUCAACGACCGAGUGGAUGCCCGUGUCGCCACAGCACUUGCUCGACUUCUUACAGGAUGAGAAAACCAGGAGCCACUGGGAUGUUUUAUCCCAAGACGGCCCCAUGCGAUCCAUGCUCCGUCUCCCCAAGGGCCACAAUCCCGACAACUACAUCUCCAUUCUCCAAACAAGCGCUGCUGCUAGCGCAGACGCGAACCAGAGCAACGUGCUGAUCUUGCAAGAAACGAGCGGAGACUCGUUGGGAGCGGUGGUGGUUCAUGCUGCUGUCCCGGCUGCAGAAAUGGACGUGGUGAUGAGCGGUGGGGACCCUGCUGGGGUGCCUAUCCUGCCCUCGGGAUUUGCGAUAUUUCCGGAUUGUUUCCCGGAGAGCGGGAACAGUGGCGGGGGAGGGUCGCUGCUGAGCAUCGGGUUCCAGAUACUGGUAAGCAACCUGCCCGCGGCGCAGCUGACGGUGGAGUCGGUGAACACGGUGAAGUCGCUCAUCGCUCGAACGCACCAGGGUAUCAAAGGCGGGCUGCAGUGCAACUGAUUUGGUGUAAUGGGGCAUGAAUUUGAGUCAAGAACGAACCUAUGUGGUCGAGAAUUAGUGGGGUUGUGGUUCGAGUAUUGACUCAAACAGACUGCCUCUUUGUAUUUACGGAGUAUCAUCUUAAUUUUUUUUGGAGAACAAGGUAUUGUGUGUCUUUUGCCAAUAGAUUUAUUUCUCUAUCUUAAAUUUGUGCA